UGGGUCCCUGAUAAUAAUUAGUGCUUUUACCUUACCAACUUUUAAAAUCUUUCUUCUUACUUCAGUCUUACCAACAGCUGUUGGCUCUCAAUUGUCAUUCAUCUGUAUCCGAAAAAUAUUUAUAAUUAUAGUCAGGAUUGAUCAAUAAAUAAAAAGAGCACAACAAUGUCUCUGCUAGUUACACCAUGGUUCCGUAACGUCUUCACUGACAUAUUCGGAGGUCUUUUGAACUUCCAGGACCAUCCUGAGUGUGCAAAACACGAGCUCCGAGUGGUUGACUGUCUUGAGGCCUAUGGAACUCAUCACGGCAAGGCCAAGUGCCGUGUUCUCCUGGAAGACUUUCGUGAAUGUGUCUGGAGAGACAAGCAGGUCUUGAGAAUGAGGAUUAUGAACAUGGAACGUAAGAGACAGUACGAUGAUGGGGAGCGUGAGGCAGAUGGUUUUUGGGCAAAAGCUCCGAGAGCGGAUUCCUAUUAGUUUCAUUUAAAUUAAUUACUAAAUACUUGAUUAAUAAAUAAAUUAUAAUUAAUGUAGUUUAUUUGAAAAAAUAAUAAAUUAUACUGUAAAAUAAAA